AUCUUCUUCUCCCUAUCUCACCCCUUCUCACGCCGUCAUGCGGCUCAGUUAGACUGAGGCUGCACAGGAAAAGGUAGACCCAGGGCACACACGAUCGGGCUUUAAGGUUGAGAACCAGCACAGCUCCCCAGUUUCUCUUCUUCCUGCUGGUAGCCUCCGCACCCGAACAACAGAGAGAGAGAGAGAGAGAGAGAGAGAGAGAGAGAGAGCCCGAGAGGAUGAAGAUAGAGGAGGUUCAGUCUACCACGAAGAAGCAGAGAAUAGCUACUCACACCCACAUUAAAGGCCUUGGUCUUGAGGUCAAUGGAAGAGCAAUACAUUUGGCUGCUGGCUUUGUGGGUCAGGUGGGUGCAAGAGAAGCAGCUGGUCUUAUAGUUGAUAUGAUACGUUAUAAAAAAAUGGCUGGCCGUGCACUUUUACUGGCUGGACCGCCUGGUACUGGAAAGACAGCCCUCGCCCUGGGAAUAUCCCAGGAGCUUGGAAGCAAGGUUCCAUUCUGCCCAAUGGUUGGAUCAGAAGUGUACUCUUCAGAAGUCAAGAAAACUGAGGUUUUGAUGGAAAAUUUCCGACGGGCGAUUGGGCUGCGUAUAAAGGAAAAUAAGGAGGUCUAUGAAGGAGAGGUGACUGAACUUUCACCAGAAGAAACUGAGAGUGUGACGGGUGGCUAUGGUAAAAGCAUUAGCCAUGUAAUUAUUGGAUUGAAAACUGUUAAAGGAACCAAGCAGCUGAAGUUAGACCCGACCAUUUAUGAUGCAUUAAUUAAGGAAAAGGUAGCUGUUGGUGAUGUCAUAUACAUUGAAGCGAAUAGUGGAGCAGUAAAAAGGGUGGGGAGAAGUGAUGCUUUUGCUACAGAGUUUGACCUUGAGGCAGAAGAGUAUGUUCCACUUCCUAAAGGGGAGGUUCACAAAAAAAAAGAGAUAGUUCAGGAUGUGACACUACAUGAUCUGGAUGCUGCAAAUGCACGGCCUCAAGGUGGGCAAGACAUAUUAUCUCUUAUGGGUCAGAUGAUGAAGCCAAGGAAAACAGAAAUUACUGAUAAGUUACGACAAGAAAUAAAUAAGGUUGUUAAUCGUUAUAUUGAUGAAGGUGUCGCAGAGCUUGUUCCUGGUGUCUUAUUUAUUGAUGAGGUGCACAUGCUGGAUAUUGAGUGUUUUUCGUACUUGAAUCGUGCUUUAGAGAGCUCACUGUCUCCUAUAGUAAUUUUUGCUACAAAUAGAGGAAUAUGUAAUGUAAGAGGGACCGAUAUGAGUAGUCCGCAUGGCAUACCAGUUGACCUUCUGGAUCGUGUUGUGAUUAUACGGACAGAAACUUAUGGUCCAGCCGAAAUGAUACAGAUUUUAGCAAUCCGUGCACAGGUGGAGGAGCUGGUUGUAGAUGAAGAAAGUUUAGCUUACCUUGGAGAGAUUGGACAACGUGCAUCAUUAAGGCAUGCAGUUCAGCUAUUAUCACCUGCGAGCAUUGUGGCCAAAAUGAAUGGUAGAGAGAACAUUUGCAAGGCGGAUCUUGAAGAAGUGGGUGCUCUUUACCUGGAUGCAAAGUCGUCGGCAAGGCUUCUUCAAGAGCAGCAGGAAAGAUACAUCUCAUGACGGUUCUGCUUUACCCUCGUAAUGUUCCCGAAAGAAACCCUAGUCCGAAUUUUGUUUGCUAGCUGAUUCAGCAUUGUUGGCUUGAUUGGAGGGAGAGGAUUUUGUUGAAUUAGGCACCGCCUCGGGUGAACUAAUGCUGGAGGAUUUAGCUGGGAAGGAGGUGCAUUGUUUCCAUUGUAUAUUUAAUCCUAAUGGAUUUUUCACAUAUAUCUGGUAUUUAAGAUGUUA